AUGAAAUCUGUGGGGUUGGUAAAUUUACAACAAAUCAACUAUACUUGUUAUCAUUCUAAUCAAACCGAGACCCCAAACAACAAACCAGGCUUAUUAAAAAGUUCACAAAUACCAACUAGUAUUGACUGGAGAGUUUGGGGAUAUGGUAAAAAUAUUAAAAAUCAAGGAGGAUGCGGAUCAUGUUAUGCUUUCUCUGCUAUUGGUACAAUUGAGGCACAUUAUAAAAGAAAACAUCAAAGAGAUGAAGAGUUUUCAGAACAACAAAUUGUUGAUUGUACAUCCAAAUAUGGUAAUGGUGGUUGUAGUGGUGGUUGGAUGCAUAAUUCCUUUAACUAUAUAAAAGAUUUUGGUGGUAUAAAUUUAGAAAGAGAAUAUCCAUAUGAGUACAAGGUUGGUCAGUGUCGUGCUAGUGAUAAAAAAUACUCACCACUAGCAAACUUUGUCAUGAUUCCACGGGAUAAUGAGGAAGCUUUGGCAAAUGCUGUUGCAACUAUUGGACCAGUUGCAGUUGCCUAUGACGCAUCUACUCGAGAAUUCAUGCAAUAUUUGGGUGGUAUUUACGAUAGUCCUAAUUGUCAAAAAACUAGAACUACACAUGCAGUUAUAGUUCUUGGUUAUGGCACACAAAACGGUGUUGAUUAUUGGAUAAUAAAAAAUAGUUGGGGUUCUGGUUGGGGUGAGAAGGGUUAUUUUAGAAUGAAAAGAAACACCGGCAAUAGAUGUGGCGUUGCUACUGCAUCAUCAUACCCAGUUGUUGCUUAG